AUGAUGCAGAGUCUGGACCUUAGUGAUGACUAUAUUGGCAUCUCAGUUAUUGCUAAAAAAGUCGCCAGAGAUGUAACUUUGGCCUUUGAAAAUUUGCUCUUGGCAAAAGAAAUCUUAGCUGCCAAGAGCUUUCUGGAGCUGCGAUUUUUUGAUGAUGUGGCCGCUGUCACUGCCACGGUGGCCUUCGUGAUGAUUUACUCCUCCCGCGACUGCCAACCGUUGCAGGGGAGCGCCAUGUCCUACCCCCUCCAGCUGUUCUGUGCAGACGGUGAGUACAACUCCAUGGCCGCGGCCUUCUUCACCACCCCGGAGAAGAGCGUCGUCAGCCUCUUCCACGAUCCUCCCGGCUCCUACAACCCCGUGACGCUGGGCCUCUUCACGCUGGUGUACUUCCUCCUGGCCUGCUGGACGUACGGGCUGACCGUGUCCGCCGGCGUCUUCAUCCCGUCCCUGCUCAUUGGGGCUGCCUGGGGCCGGCUCUUUGGCAUCUCCUUGUCCUACCUCACGGGGGCUGCGAUCUGGGCCGACCCCGGCAAGUAUGCCCUGAUGGGAGCCGCUGCUCAGCUCGGAGGCAUCGUGAGGAUGACGCUGAGCCUGACGGUCAUCAUGAUGGAGGCCACCAGCAGUGUCACCUAUGGCUUCCCCAUCAUGCUGGUCCUGAUGACGGCCAAGAUUGUCGGGGACGUCUUCAUCGAGGGCCUGUACGACAUGCACAUCCAGCUGCAGAGCGUGCCGUUCCUCCACUGGGAAGCCCCGGUCACCUCCCACUCGCUGACCGCCAGGGAGGUGAUGAGCACGCCCGUCACCUGUCUGAGGCGGCGUGAGAAGGUGGGCGUCAUCGUGGACGUCCUCAGCGACACGGCCUCCAACCACAACGGCUUCCCGGUGGUGGAGGGCUCCGGGGACGCCCAGCCCGCGCGGCUCCAGGGCCUGAUCCUGCGCUCGCAGCUGAUCGUGCUGCUGAAGCACAAGGUGUUCGUGGAGCGCUCCCACCUGGGCCUGGCGCAGCGGCGGCUGAGGCUGAAGGACUUCCGGGAUGCCUACCCCCGCUUCCCGCCCAUCCAGUCCAUCCACGUGUCCCAGGACGAGCGCGAGUGCGCCAUGGACCUGUCGGAGUUCAUGAACCCCUCGCCCUACACGGUGCCCCAGGAGGCGUCUCUCCCACGGGUGUUCAAGCUGUUCCGGGCCCUGGGCCUGAGGCACCUGGUGGUGGUCGACAACUGCAACCAGGUCGUGGGGCUGGUGACCAGGAAGGACCUGGCGCGGUACCGGCUGGGCAGGGCCGGCCUGGAGGAGCUCUCGCUGGCCCAGACUUGAGCCCAGGGCCCUCGCGGGCGGCGCUCCUGCCUCAAGCCCUCUGCUCGUCCCGUGUCCUCUGGCAGCAGGAGAGGGUCUUGACUCGGGGCCACCUGCCAUU